GAAUUUACCUUCAAUAGGUUCCGUCUGCUUCUUUUUCUUUUAUUUUUAUCAGCAGAGGCGUGUUCGGGUGGCGACAAGUAUGAGCCAUGAUACCUGCAAGUCGUUUGAAAGAGUUGCUAAAAAGAUGGGAUGGAUGGAUGAUGGAGGACUGGAUGCAGCAGAGAAAAAGUUGAUGAGUGUAAUUAGCAAGACUCGUCAUGCUGCCACCAGCGGCCAUCGAUCAGCCUCUGAGUCCAGACGCACGGUGGUGGGAGACUCCAGUGAUGAUGAAUUUGACCAGUUUCUUAUGGAAAGGUCUACACCCCAAGCUAAAGCUGCUUCACAGAAGCCACGCAGUGCUGCAAAGAAAGAAAGCUCAAAUGUUCUUGUGGUGAGCUCAGACGACGAUGUCACUUUUGAAUCAUUUCUGCAACGAGUAAAAACUCCAAAUACCAAGCCUAAGAAAACAUUAGACAGUCGGAGUGGGAGUGAAGACAGCCUCAAAAACUUCAUAGUGGAUGACUGCUCAUCCGACGAUGACUUUAUUGAGACCAAAUCUUUUUUCAAAGUUCCUAAGAAGAGCAACACUCCAGCAUCCCAUCAUCCCCUGAGGAAACCACUGUCUGAGUUUAACUCCCCUGUUUUCAUUAGUGACAGUGAUGAUGAUGAUGAUAAUAUCAUUGUCAAGAGUACUUGGAGGACUCGUCAUUCAAAGCCGAAGCCCCUGCCAAAGGCUAACGAGAACAAGUCUCCACUGUGCUAUGAAAAGAACAGUUCACCGUCACUGCCACUGCCUCCUGUUCCUUCUUUUUCUCUGUCCUCCUGCAAAAAUCCAACAUCUGUGACCACUCCCAAGCGCACUCUUUCAGUACCUUCAAAAAUGGACGAGUCAGACAGUUCUGAGGACGAGUUCUCCUCCCUCCUGGAGCGACUGAAAAAGAAGAACAAUUUUACAGGCACUUCUUUCACUCCUAAGAACACCAAAGAAAUCAGUAAGGAGCCAGCUGUGCCAGUUCCUCCUGCAAAGGGAUUCACACUAAAAGGCUCUAAGUCAUUAGGGGAAACACCUCUGCAUGUGAACACAUCAGACAAACCCUCCGUCUUGAAGCCCAAAGUCAGUCAGACUGAGCCCAGGCAUGGUCCCAUCAGCAGAGUAGCAUUGUGUAAAACUCCAGGCUGCUUCCUGCAGUCGCUCUCAAACCCUGGCUCCAGCUAUGUGGACAGUUUCAAGCGGAACAAGGAAGAACUCACAAGCAAACUCUACAGACUGUACAAUACCAGUGUAUUUGACAGCAAGCUCCCCGCCAACAUGUCAGUGACCUGGAAUAAGAAAAUGCGGAAAACAGCUGGCUACUGUAUUACAGGGCAGGAGAGAAGUGGAGGGAACCGCUACGCCCGCAUUGAGCUGUCAGAGAAAGUCUGUGACUCAGCAGAUCGUCUCAGGGACACACUGAUACACGAGAUGUGUCACGCUGCAACGUGGCUGAUUAAUGGCGUUCGGGACGGCCACGGAAACUUCUGGAAGCUGUACGCUCGCAAAGUCACACUGGUGCAUCCCGAGCUGCCCAUGGUCACGCGCUGCCACAGUUAUGACAUCAAGUACAAAUUCCAAUAUCAGUGCACCCGCUGCCAGAACACGAUCGGGCGCCAUUCCAAGUCACUGGACACACAGAAGUUUGCGUGUGCCCUCUGCACAGGUCAGCUUGUCCUUCUGACGCCUUCUAAGCCGCGCGCUCCCACGCCUUUUGCCAACUUUGUCAAAGAAAAUUAUGGAAAUGCACGACAGGAGCUGGCGGGACAAAGCCACGCUGAAGUGAUGCGCAAACUCAGUGCAGACUUUGCCUCAAAGACUAAACUCAGUCAAAGCUGAGCCGGUAACGUCACAUACAUACAGGAAGACGUUUCAAAUUCUGAAAUACCUCAGUCAGCUAAUUUUACAUUACUGAGCAGCUGUGAUUAUUUUAAUUUAAUCUGUUUCGUUUCGUUUUUCAUGUCUGUUCUAUGUAUCCAGUUGCUGUCACUGGAAAAAUUGAGCCUAAACAGCAAGUUCGUGUGUGUUUGGAGGAGGUGGUGUCAAACAAUGAAAUGCAUACCACCUGUUCUCCUUCAUGUUUACUUCAGUCUUUUAUUUGGCAUUGUACGGGUCCAGGAUAAAUAUUUGAUUUGAUCCAUAUGUUUUUGUAUGUUUGGCUGGUGGGAUUUUCCCACUGUUAUUCAACAAAUAAAAGAAAUAAAGUUUAA